UUAUUCCUACUUAUCAAGACACGCCUCUCUAACGGGCAAGCCGUCGAGCACCAUGGACGCGGCUCCACCCGCGCAGCCGGACGCCGCGGCGGCGCCGGCCGCGCCGCCCUCUUCGACCUCAGCUUCUGUCCCCUCAUCCGCGCCGCAGCCUAAUUCUACACCUCCCACCUCCACCGCUGCACCGCCCACCUCCGACACCACUCUUGCCUCGGCCCCCACUCCCACCCCAGUCCCCGUCCAAACCCUAGAACCCCCGGCACCCAGCCCAGCCAGUGCGCGGCCGCCGGUGCCCCGCAUGAGGCCUCCGUACACUCACCUGGCCUCGCCAAUCACUAUGUCAUCCUCUCCUGCCACAGCCGCGGCCUCUUCCUCCUCUGCUUCCGCUCCGGCCGCCACCUCUGCGCCUCCUGCCAUUCCACGGGGAGUGGUAGCCCUUGGGCUACCAGCGCACCCGCGUGCGCCGCAGACACCGGUCGGCUACACCGGGUUCGUCCCGCCGCCUACACUCGCCGCUCAGUUCGGAUCGAUGCAUCGUGGUCCCGACCAGCCCCCACCGUCCUCUACACAGCUUAGGCAGCCCUCCCCUGGGAUCCAAAAUAUUGGGACAGUUGGUUCCAUUAACACAUCUCAGGUGAGACCAGGAGCGAUCUCUAGUAUGCCACAGCAGACAAGGCCAAAUUUCCAAUCAUCAACAGCACCAUCUCCAUCUGAUAACCAGAUGCAAAGUUCACAAAAAACCCCCAUGCAUGCUUUGGCAAGACCACCAUCUAUAGCUUCUCCUUCCCCUUCAACGGCUUCACAGCAAGCUCCGCCGAAUGUAUCUGCUCCACUUAGACCUCCCCAACAGAGGCCACCACAUCCAAGACCAUACCAUGCUCCUGCAAUUUCGCACCCACAGAAUGCACUUUUAACACAGCAGCAGCAUCAGCAGCAGAAACUACCACGACAUCAACAUGUGCAACAGAAGCAGCAACAGCAACAAAAUCAGGCACAACAUUCCUUGCAGCAAAGUCAACAGGCUGCAACACUCAGAAACCAGCAACAGAUUUCUCAGCAGCAAGCUGCUCGUACCCCUGUCUCAAUGGAUCAAAAGCUAGAUUCUCCUGCUACACUACAAACUAAUGUACAAUCUGGAGACAUGGCUUUAGUUGAUGUAGAUACUGGAGGAUCUGGUAAUCGACUACUCUCCAAGAGGAGUAUACAUGAAUUACUUGCACAGAUUGAUCCUUCAGAAAAGCUUGAUCCUGAAGUUGAAGAUAUUCUUAUUGACAUUGCAGAAGAUUUUGUUGAAUCUGUUGCGACAUUUGCUUGUUCUUUAGCGAAACAUAGAAAGUCAAGCACAUUAGAAGCAAAAGAUGUGCUUCUCCAUGCAGAGAGAAGCUGGAAUAUUACCUUGCCAGGCUUCAGUGGAGAUGAAAUAAAACUGUACAAGAAACCGCAUGUCAAUGAUAUUCACAGGGAAAGGCUUACACUGAUCAAGAAGUCAAUGGCCAGCGAAAGUAACACAAAGAGCUCUGCUGCUCAAGCUGCAGCUAACCAGAAAAAUCAGACACCGAAGCCACCUGCCACAGGGUCUCCAUGAAAGAAAUUCAGUACCUUCCAGUCCCUGAGCCAUCAAUGCAUUGUCGUGUUUGACGUUUGGACAAUGUGUGUUGCAGUACAUCUUCGACUAAAUGUCAUUGUCUUGUUGCAUUAUAGAUUGUACAACUGUUGGGACCGUUAGUAGGACUGCAAAGAUUACAUGUACAAAUACUAUUCUGAAGAGUAGAUCUAUUGAAAUGCUAAUUCAGCAGUUAUUUUGGGUUCAGCUUGCAAGCGUGCAGCCGUGAUAAUUUAUUACUCCAAAC